AAUCAAAAUUCUUCUCCGUCUCCUUCUCACUCCUACAGAUUAUAUUAUCUACGGUCUCAUUGUUUUGAUUGUUGAAUGUGUUGAUUGAUUUGAUUAUCUGUGAAUAACCUAACCAAAACCAAAAAAUAACCUCAAAACCACAGCUCAAAACCAUAAAAUAAUAACAUUGGUUGAAAACUUGAAGAAGUAGUAUUAGUAGUAUUACUAAUUAUUUACUAAAAUAAAGGGAGAAUGGGUAAAAGAGGAAAGAAAAGCAGUCUUCCGGAGGAACAUCAUAAGAAAAAGAAGUCUGAUGCGAAUAUACUAGAUACAUGCAACAAUGAAACUGUGCCAGAAGAAGUCUGCAAGAAUGUAAAAAAAGCUAAAAAAGAACAUUUAAAUGAAAUUGAAAGCACCGAAGAUAUUUGUGUAAGCGAAACGACACAAAAUGAAGACAACCAGAACACAAAUAGGAAAAGAAAUAAAAGUAAAAACAAAUUAAAAAAAAGUGUUGAAGUUACAGAUGAUAUAAAAUCAGUUGCGCAGGAAAAAACUAUUUCUAUAAAACCAACAAAAAUAAGAUUUGUUGAUGAUGCACCACAAGUGGUUGCUAGUGGAUCUGAACAACCAACCAAGAAAACUAAAAAAUCCAAGAAGCAAAAUACACAAGAAAAUGAUGAAGAACAAAUUAACGAAGAAGAUAUUGAUAACUUUUGUGACGAACUAACGGAAGAAGAUAAUGUGCAAUUUGAUAACUGGGUUAAAUUAAUAGAAGCUAAGUUACACGCUAAAAAAUAAUUUUAAAAAUUAA